AUUAACGUUAACAAUAGCGCUAACUUUACACUCCUGUCUGCAUAUGGAAAAUCGAUGAGUGAUUGGCUGUCUUCUCGGUCAAGAUUCUGUGGGUCUAUUAAUGCGAAAGGGGUUCGUCAUGGCCUUGAAAAGGAGAAGGGCGACGUCCCCGUCCAGCAGUGUCAGUGGAGGAGAUUUUGACGAUAGCCAGCCCUCAUCCUUAGUGACUUCAAGUGGCCGAAAGAGGAGAAGGACUUCAAACAUUCCAACUGUGGAUCCUAUUGCUGUGUGCCAUGAACUCUACAACACAGUCAGAGACUACAAAGAUGACCAAGGCAGGAUGCUGUGCGAGCUGUUCAUCAGAGCCCCGAAACGAAGGAACCAGCCAGACUAUUACCACGUCGUGUCUCAGCCUAUUGACAUGAUGAAGAUCCAGCAGAAAUUAAAGAUGGAGGAAUACGACGAUGUGGAACAGCUCACCAGUGACUUUCAGCUCCUGUUUCAGAAUGCCAAAACAUAUUAUAAGUCAGACAGUGCUGAGUUCCGGGCAGCUUGCAAACUGUGGGAUCUUUACCAACGUACCAAGAAUGAAUUUGUCCAGCCAGGCGAUGACGAUGAGGAAGACGAGGCCAGCUAUGAUGCGCAAGAUGUCCCCAGCGGGUCUACUGAAGAUGAGAGUACGUCGACCUGCUUGAGAGACCUCCUUGAGCAUCUCCUGGAUGCCGUGGUGACAUACGCUGAGCCCUCAGGCCGCCUGGUUAGCGAUCUCUUUCAGAGGCUGCCGUCCAAAGUGCAAUAUCCAGAUUAUUACGCAAUCAUCAAGGAGCCCAUAGAUUUGAAACUCAUCGCUCAAAAGCUUCAGAUGGGCCACUACAGGAGCGUUAAUGCCAUGGCAAAAGAUAUCGAUUUAUUGGUCAAAAAUGCCAAAACGUACAAUGAGCCUGGAUCACAGGUCUUUAAGGAUGCAAACACAAUUAAAAAGAUUUUUGCACAAAAGAAGUCAGAGAUUGAACACGGAGAUUCAAUCAAGUCCAGCAUUCGUAUCAGGAAUAGGAGGCACGCUCAGAGCGAGCGCCUUUCGGCAAUCAGCAUGGCUCUGCAGUAUGAAAGUGAUGAGGACGGAAUCCUUUCUGGGUCUGUUCACUACGACGAGGGCGAGUCCGAGGCAGAGAGUUUGACCACAAACAUCGACAUGAGUAACCCCAUCUUCCAACUGUAUGAAGCAGUACGCGGUGCCAGGAACAACCAAGGCCUCCUGAUCUCUGAACCUUUCCUGGAGCUGCCCUCCAGGAAGGAUUACCCUGACUACUACCAUCAGAUCACUCAGCCCCUCUGCCUCCAUCAGAUCAAGAACAAAAUGAAGAAUAACGAGUACGACAGUGUGGAGCAUUUGGACUCUGAUCUAACACUGAUGUUUGAGAAUUCCAAACGUUAUAAUGUUCCUCACUCCUCCAUCUACAAGCGGGCGCUCAAAUUGCAGCACAUUCAGCAGACAAAACGAAAGGAGCUUUUACAGCGAGAUGAUGACGAUGGAGACAGUAUGCUUUCCUGCGCCGCCUCGGACACCAGUUGCACGAAAAAAAAAAGGUUCUCACUCUCCGUACGUGCCGUUUUAAUUUUGAAGCACGUGACACCUCUUUGUCGCCCUCGUUGCAGUCACAAGAAGAACACGAAGAAAAAUCGAAUGAAAGCGCUUUUCGCUUCCGUGACCGACGCACGGGAGGCGGGCACUGGCCGGCGACUGUGUGACCUCUUCAUGGUAAAGCCGUCUAAGAAGGACUACCCCGAUUACUAUAAGGUCAUCCUGGAGCCUAUGGACUUGAAGACCAUCGAGCACAACAUCCGCUCAGAUAAGUAUCUCAGUGAAGACGCCAUGGUGGAGGAUAUGAAGCUGAUGUUCCGCAACGCCCGACACUACAAUGAAGAAGGCUCACAGGUCUUCAAUGAUGCUGAUGUACUGGAGAAAAUCAUGACAGACAGACGCAGGGAUCUCGGACCAGUGACAGAUGAGGAUGACACGGUGUCUUCAAAGAUGAAGAUAAGAAAGACAAACAUGACUCUGAAGAAAUCCAAGUACCUCACACCCUUACAACAGAAACUGAACGAGCUGUACGAGUCCGUCAAGAACUACACAGACAAGCGCGGACGUCGCCUCAGCACCAUCUUCUUGCGUCUUCCGUCCCGUGCCGAGCUGCCAGAUUACUACAUAGCUAUCAAGAAACCGGUAGACAUGGAGAAGAUCAAAAGCCACAUGCUGGCCAAUAAGUACCAAGAUGUAGAUGCACUGGUGGAGGACUUGGUGCUCAUGUUCAACAACGCCUGCACGUAUAACGAGCCCGAGUCUCUGAUUUACCGAGAUGCUCUGGUGCUGCACCGGGUUCUGCUGGAGACCAGGCACGCCCUGGAAGGAGGGGAGGACGCCUACGUGCCCGACGUGCCUCGCCUCAUCCAGGAACUCAUCCGCAGCCUCUUUGUCUCCGUGCUCGGCCACCAAGAUGACGAGGGGCGCUGCUACAGCGAUUCUCUGGCCGAGAUCCCUGCCAUUGACCCUGCAAAUCCGAACAAGCCCCCUCUUAAUUUUGAGAUCAUUAGAAAGAAUGUGGAUGGAGGACACUAUAUGAGGCUGGAUGUGUUUCAGGACCACAUGUUUGAAGUGUUGGAAAAGGCCAGACACCUAAAUAGGACAGACUCUGAAAUCUUUGAAGAUGCCGUCGAGCUGCAGCAGUUUUUCAUCCGGAUCCGCGAUGAGCUUUGUAAGAACGGCGAGAUUUUGAUGACUCCUGCUCUGAGCUAUACAUCUAAACAUCUGCACAAUGAUGUGGACAAAGAGAAGAAACAAAAGCUCCCGAAAGAAAUUGAGGAAGACAAAAUCAAGAGGGAGGAGGAGAAAAUGGAAGCUGAGAAGAGGGAGGAAUCCGUUGGAGGCUCGUGGCAGCUGAGCGCACAGCGCACAUACAGCCAAGACUGCAGCUUCAAAGACAGCAUGUACUGCGUUGGAGACUACGUGUACGUGGAACCAGCCGAGUCCAACCUCCAGCCUCACAUCAUCUACAUCGAACGCCUGUGGCAAGACGACACCGGUGAGAAGUGGCUCUAUGGCUGCUGGUUCUAUCGGCCAAAUGAGACCUUCCACGUCGCGACACGAAAGUUCUUGGAGAAGGAAGUAUUUAAGAGCGACUAUUACAACAAGGCACGGAUCAGCAAGAUCUUGGGCAAAUGCGUGGUCAUGUUUGUCAAGGAGUACUUCAAACUUUACCCAGAAGGCUUCAAGCAAGAGGACGUCCAUGUUUGCGAAUCACGCUACUCUGCCAAGUCCAAGUCCUUCAAGAAGAUCAAAUUGUGGACCAUGCCCUUGAAUUCAGUUCGCUUUGUCCCAAGAGGAGUGCCUCUGCCAGUUGUACGGGUAGCAUCGAUAUUUGCCCCCAAAGAAGAAAAAGUAGACAAAGAGGAGGAAGUAACAGAAAACACAGAUGAAACCAAAGUGACAGAUUGUAGCAGCAUAGACAAGGAGAGGGAAGAUGCUCCAAUGGAGAUGACCAAUGGGGAAGCGGGAUGCCAGUACUAUGAACAACUUUGCUACAAUAACUUGUGGCUGAAAGUGGGCGACUGCGUCUACAUUGCAUCUCAUGGACUUGUGCGCCAUCGUGUGGCCAGGAUUGAAAAAAUGUGGAUGCGCGACGGAGCCGGCUAUUUUUUCGGUCCAAUCUUCAUCCAUCCAGAGGAAACGGAACACGAGCCCACUAAAAUGUUCUACAAGAAAGAAGUUUUCCUGAGCAACCUUGAAGAGGCUUGUCCCAUGACCUGCAUCAUAGGGAAGUGUGUGGUGUCGUCCUUCAAAGAGUAUCUCUCUUGUCGGCCAACUGAAGUGCCUGAAGCCAAUGUCCUGCUCUGUGAAAGUCGCUACAUUGAAAGUGAGAAGCAAAUGAAGCGGUUCAAAGGACUGAAGCGUUUUUCAUCAUCUGCAAAGGUGGUGGAGGAUGAAAUCUAUUAUUUUAGGAAGCUUAUAGUUCCCCAAAAGGAGCCAUCACCAUUGCUGGACAGGAAAAUUGAGGAACUGGAAGCUAAGUUUGCCGAUAUGACUGAUGAGGAACUGGAGGAGCUCGGUGAUGAUGACAGCGAGCUUGAUCAUUCUCUUCCUCGGAUGCAUUCUUCCUUGUGUGGCGACAUGGAUAUCAUGACAUACGCUCCGCCGCAGUCAACCAAAACUCUAAAGGGUCUUUCCAAGAAGGAGGGCUCUAAGAGGAAGAUCAACAUGAGCGGCUACAUCCUGUUCAGCAGCGAGAUGCGAGCCGUCAUUAAAGCUCGCCACCCGGACUACUCCUUUGGCGAGUUGAGCCGCCUCGUCGGCACAGAGUGGCGGAACCUGGAAGGUUCCCGGAAAGCGGAAUAUGAAGAGCGAGCAGCCAAAGUGGCCGAGCAGCAGGAGCGCGACAGGAGCCAGUACGUGACAUCCCCGAGAGCAGGUACCCCAGUAGGGGCACUGAUAGGAGUGGUGCCUGCUCCAACCCCCAUGGGGAUGCUAAAUCCCAGCUUGAUGCCUGUGUCAGACACUAUGACGAGUGCAUGUCGCUCGGCUGGAAUGGCUAGUAUGACUGGCAUACCAGCACAGCUCACAGGGGAGCCUUUAUAUCCCCAGCAUCCUCUGCUUGUUAUGCCUGAGUUCCCUGGAAUGCCAUGUUUCGGCAUCAACGGUAUUGGGGGUGAAAGUGGCGCAGGGAACAUUCUCGGAUCUCAGACGGGUCCUGGUCAACAAGCUCCACCGGCGUACCCAGGACAAGGCCAGAUGGGGCAGGCUGCCCUUCAACAGCCCUCCACCCCGUUGUUUGUGUCCCCUCCAGCCAAGUCUCAGAGGCUUCUCCACUCUGAUGCUUACCUCAGCUACAUAGAGGGUCUAACAGCGGAAUCAUCUACCGUGAGCAAGUGGGACCAUACACUUUCAGUUAAAAAACAAGAUGUGCGCCUGACAAAAGAGCAGGAAAGUAGACUGCCAUCCCACUGGCUGAAGAGUAAAGGGGCCCACAAGACGAUGGCUGAUGCACUUUGGCGACUGCGUGACCUGAUGCUACGAGAUACUUUGAAUAUUCGCUACACACACAACUUGUAGCAUGCUCACAAUUUGAGCCUCUGUUCCCAGACCUGUAAAACAGGGAUGCGGUUAUGCUCACUAAAAGUGUUGACUUUUCUUGUUAUGAUUAAUGAGAUGUGUUUAUGUUUGUAGAGGUUGCUUGUGGAAGCAAUUUUUCAUUUAACAUUAAGAUGUACUGUUCCAAGUGCAAUAUUGUUCAAACCAUCAUUCUGUGAUGAAUGCCUUUGUGAUUUCGCAAUUAUAAAGCGUUACAUUUGUCUGUUUUCAUUUCAUGUUUGUUUCAUGGAAAUGGAUUAAAAAAAACAAAGUUG